GCAAAUAAUGUCAACAGUGCUAGUAAAUGGUUACUGCUGAAGUAAAUAUGCCCUUUGGUCUUUACAGGAACACACAUGAACCAUUUCUGUCUAUCUGUGCUGCAUGUUCAGUCAUCCUGUUGUCGCCCCAUCAUCCAUUUGACUGUCUCUGAGGUCGUAAUCAUGUCUGCACCAUUUUGGUUUACUUUAUUGACUCUCUCUUUUCUCAAUGCUGCUUCUGAUCCAGAUUGUGAAGAGCUAACAAAACCGCUGCAGGAUCAAACCACGCUUAUGGGAAAAUGGAUUUUACAUGCUGCAACAUCGGACAACGAGCAGUUCCUGAAGGAAAUUAAAACCAUCAGGAACACCUGGAUUGAGAUGCUAUUUGUGUCUGACGAUGAUGUGUUCACCAUGCGCUGGGGAGAAAAAAGGAAUGACAAAUGUUAUCAUGGACAACUUAAUGCCACCUUCUUCACAGGGAACUCCAGCAGGAUAUCAUUUCACUUUAACUCCUCCCACCAUGAACACGUUGGGACUCACCUGGAGUCCUGCCCCGACUGUAUCCUGUGGGCCGACCAGCUACAGGUGAUAACAGACAGCAAACAAACCACUACAGGCAGAAGCCUUUACCUCUUCACAAAGUCUGGGAAAGUGGAGACAUCUCACAUGGAAGGUUUUAAGAAACAGGCCGAGUGUCUAAACUUUCCUCCAGAGUUUCAUUUUGGAGAAAGCACGGAUCUGUGUCCUGUGGAGGAUGCUGACCCAAAAGCAGAAGAACAAUAGAAAAAAACAAGAUAGUUUAAAAACAAACAUCAACUUCAUAAAAUAUGAUGAACACCUCCCAAAGGUUGUGUUUUAUAACUUGGGCAAAGAUCUG